AUGGGAGCGCGCGGUAAAGGAAGGCCGCGCGAGCCGGGUACCGCGCUCGGCUGCUGCUGCGGGUCGAUCCCCUGGGUGCAGCUGCUCUGCACGCUCCUCAUCACAGCAGGCCUCGUCGUCUUCUUCCUUAAAUCGGGGGAGGCCUUCUCGUCGGUCAAAGCACUAUUCACAGACCUGAAGGUGUCGGCAUCCGCCCAGAAGGUGGCCGCCGCGGCCAUGGAGGGCCUGCUGGCCGCGGGCAUUGCCGUCGUGGUGGCGGCGAUCGUGCUGUCGGUGGUGGGGCUGGUGAACAGCUGGAUAGGCAACGCGCGGCGCUACCGCGCCAAGCAUGGCGCCAGGGUCACAGACGCGGCCUCAUGCGGCUCUUGGUGCCAGAUGGGCACGUCGGUGUUAGUCGUCCUGCUGAUGUGGCUGACGCUGGCCCUCGUGGUGGCGCUCAUCGCCGCGUGGACGGCGGUGCUCCUGGGUUCCAUCUCUGGUGACAGCGGCGCGGGCUUCGCGAUGGGGCAGGCCUUAUAG